AUGCCUGAGGCUGGAGCAAUUUUGGUUUUAUUGAGAUUGCAAUACCCAAGAUACAAAAUCUACUGCAACAAUGCCAAUGAACUUCAGUUCAUGUCAGCUAAAGGGUUUAAAUACAAGAUCCUCAGCUUCGACUUGAGUGUCAACAAGCUCAUUAUACUCCCACCUGAUUUGUUAGUAUUGAAUGAUAACACUCCCACAUGUUAUUCUUCAGAUUUCUCAUCACAAGGCUUAACACUCGAUGAGCAAUUGCCCUUCAACAUUUCUACUCGUAACACUGUGAUGCUGUUCAAUUGCUCGGAUAAUCUUCUUCGCUCGCCUCUAAAUUGUUCCUCAAGCAGCUUUUGUAGGCAGUUUGAGGAUAAGAUAGAGGCAUGCAGAGGUACCCUUUGCUGCCAUUUCUUGAAGGAUUCUCGCAUGACUUCAUAUAUGAUCAGGGUCAGGCUUGGAGGCUGCACUGCUUAUACUUCCGUUGUCGAUAUUCAACCUGAUGAUCCUGUUGAUAACUGGAACUAUGGCAUUGAGCUUCAAUGGUUGCCUGACUUGCCUCCUAUGUAA